UGUUUCUUGCCACCGUGACCCCUCCCUCGGAGUCCCUCCCAGUCUCUCGCUUUCGCCGGUCUGACUCUGAGCUAGCCUGCCAACGACUGCGGUCACCGCCUCAGCCAGCGGAGAUCGUCUGGAAAGGGUCAUAGUUUGUGCGGGAGACUUUCGCCCAUAUUAGUGCGAACAGUGGGCUCCCAUCCAAUUGUCUCUGCCCGCUCACGCGUCUCAUCAAAAGGGUCCCUCCCGUAAGAAUCAUCAAAGCUGAACAUAGGAGGUCGAGGGCGGAGACAAUCGCUUUGGCCUCCAGGGACGUCGUCCCAGACGCCUCGAAGAGUUCGCCAUAAAUCGAAGCAGAUGCACCCGUGUCGCCCACUUCUGCCACACGUCCUCCACUCUCGCUCAUAGCAUCUCUCGAGGUUGGAUAUUUGGUAGUGCACUGGCCCGCCUAUGCCUCUCGUCUUCGCUGAGCCACCCAUCUCGCUGUCGACGGCGAACGCGCUAGCGGUCUUCUUCGCCGGAUCAUAUGUCGGCUCUUUGUACCUCUCGAAGAAUGCACGGCUGUCGUUCAAGCGGGGCAGCAUCAAGCCGAAGCAAGGCCAGCAACGGACGAAGGAACAGGACGAGCGAUGGAGGGAUGACCCCGACGUGAUUCGGGCCCGGCUUGCCGCGGCUAGUCUGAGCACGCUCUCGAGUUGUGUGGCGGUAUUGGGGCUGGUGUGGAAGUUACUGGGAUGGGCACCGACGGCGUUCCCGGUCGCGUUUGAGACUACCCUUGCAAGGCUGGGCUUUGAUGUCCCGGCCUCACUGUCCGAACUUGUCUUCCCGUGCCUCGUCACACCUGUGCUCUUCCUGGGACCUCUCUAUGGAUAUUGGCUGUCGGGCGCGUUGCCCCUUCAGCGUAACUGGAGCUGGAAGUUGAGUGUGAUCCCUUUGCUCACGACCUGGCAGAGCGUACGGAACUAUAUGGUGGGACCAACCACCGAAGAGAUCGUCUUUCGCUCGUGUUCGCUGGCCGUGUACCACCUCGCUGGAGCUUCGCGUGUGAAGAUGAUCUUCAUGACCCCCUGGCUGUUCGGCAUAGCACACAUUCACCACGCUUGGGACAUCUACAACCGGUAUGGACGCACCGGUGCUGCAGUGAAGCAUGCAGCCAUCGCCACACUCUUCCAAUCAUCGUACACCUCGCUGUUCGGAUUCCAUACGGCAUUCCUGUUUCUCCGCACUGGGUCCCUGAUCCCUCCCAUCACUGCACAUAUCUUCUGCAACAUAAUGGGCCUACCACAGCUCGGCACACAGCUAACUAUGUUCCCUCAUCGCCGAAGGGCUAUCAAGGUCGCUUACUUGCUUGGGAUCGCUGGGUAUAUAUACGCUAUGAAUCGGUGGACACUCGCGCCUGAGUCCCUCUACUGGAGGCCAGCUGACGCCAUCGCUAUGUUUUGAUCAUCGUCAACCUAAUACGGGCAUCGGCGAGUGCUCAUAUAGUACAUAGAUCGUCUUUGUAUUGCUUUGUUCGCUCUUGCCGUCGGAGUUCCAUUACAGGCUCCUAGGUCAAUAUAUGCUCACUUGGAUAUGAA